CUGUGAAACCUGUUAGUGAACCUCUCUGAGCCUCGACUUCCUGGUAUGAAAAAUGGAGAUAACAUUACAGAACUGUUAGUGAUCUCCUUCUUUGGUACUAUGCUCAAGUGCUAUGCAAACCUGAACUCAGAGCUUGUCGCAGCCUCAGAAACCCUAUCUAAUUAAACACAGAAACAACGCAUGCCUAGUGCAACCCAAACCAUAUCAAUAGCUGGACUUUAACCUAAAGUCAGGGAAACAGUUUGGAUUUCAAAAUCAGGUCACUUCCCUGAAUGUUUUUAAAAUGUGCCCUUGAGCUAUUGGUGUUGACACAGACAAAGCAAAACUUGAAUCCCAGUGCCCACACAAGGGCUCUCAGAGACCCUAAAGGGAGCUACUGGCUGUGGCCCAGAAAACUCAAGAAAGAGGCAAAGAACUUCUUCGAAGGACCUAGAAACUUACGGUUGGUCAGGAGGUAUAUGGGGCACCUCUGAGGGGAAAAGAGAGAACACCUUUGAAGUUCAUGAGAACAACCUGGGGAAAGGAAAAUGGACUGAAUCCGGAGGUCAGAGAAACCCUGGGAAGAAAGAGAACGGAAGCUCCUCAGUCCUGAACGAAUGGGGAAAGACAAGCGGUGUGAAUGAGGCAGGAUGAACUGGACAGGUCUAUACACCUUGCUCAGUGGCGUGAAUCGGCACUCUACAGCCAUUGGCCGAGUAUGGCUGUCUGUCAUCUUCAUCUUCAGAAUCAUGGUGCUGGUGGUGGCUGCUGAGAGCGUGUGGGGGGAUGAGAAGUCCUCUUUCAUCUGUAACACCCUCCAGCCAGGCUGCAACAGCGUCUGCUAUGACCAUUUUUUCCCCAUCUCCCACGUGCGCCUAUGGUCCCUGCAGCUUAUCUUGGUUUCCACCCCAGCUCUCCUCGUGGCAAUGCACGUAGCUCACCAACAGCACAUAGAAAAGAAAAUGCUACGGCUUGAGGGGCACGGGGACCCCCUUCACCUGGAAGAGGUAAAGAGACACAAGGUGCACAUCUCAGGGACACUGUGGUGGACCUAUGUCAUCAGUGUGGUGUUCCGGCUGCUGUUCGAGGCUGUCUUCAUGUAUGUCUUCUAUCUGCUCUACCCCGGCUAUGCCAUGGUGCGGCUGGUCAAGUGUGAAGCCUUCCCCUGCCCCAACACAGUGGACUGCUUCGUGUCCCGCCCCACCGAGAAAACCGUCUUCACUGUCUUUAUGCUCGCAGCCUCCGGCAUCUGCAUUAUCCUCAACGUGGCGGAGGUGGUGUACCUCAUCAUCCGGGCCUGUGCCCGCCGUGCUCAGCGCCGCUCCAAUCCGCCCUCCCGCAAGGGCUCGGGCUUUGGCCACCGCCUCUCACCUGAAUACAAGCAGAAUGAGAUCAACAAGCUGCUGAGCGAGCAGGAUGGCUCUCUGAAAGACAUACUGCGCCGCAGCCCUGGCACGGGGGCCGGGCUCGCUGAAAAGAGCGACCGAUGCUCAGCCUGCUGAUGUCAGUACCAGGCAACCUCCCAUCCCCUCCCUCACCCCGCCCAGACCUGCCCCUCCUUCUCCUAUGCCGGUGAGCAGGCUUCUGCCUGCUAGGGAUUACUCCAUCAAACCUUCCCUCCCUCCCUACUCCCCUUCCUCAGAGAGCCUCCCGUCAAAGACCUGGCCGGCUGGGGAGUGGGGAGCCACUUCUACAACAGGGCUCAAGGUUAUUAAUGGUGUGGGCAAUUCUUUCUGCCUGUACCCUUUCCUCUUCCCUCUCCUUGAAACGAGGGAUGAGAUGUUCUGAAGGUGUUUCCAGUUAGGAAACUAAUCUUAACUCCCAUGCUGUCUGGUACCCCACUUUGGGAGUCAUGUCGGUGGGGAGGGAUGUGGGCAAGCAGAGUGGAGGAGGAGCUCUGCCUUGUGGAUGGAGAAGGGAUGGAAGCUUGCCUUGCUGCCUGCCACAGGGGAAAAGGAGGACACAUCUAGGGUGAGGGAGUUAUGGAGAGAGAAGCAGGCAGAUAAAUCGGAGUGGGGAUUGGUCAGGGCUGCCCCCAGUCCCCAGUUCCCAAGGCCUCUCUCUCUGCAAAUGUUACACAUUAAACAGGAUUUUACAGUAAAUGAA